GUGAGGAUGGAGGAUCUCUGUAUUCAAGUAUGUAGAUUAAGGGAGUGGAGACGGAUUGUGAUCCUAGCUGGGUCAGGGUGUGUCGUGUGCACCUGUGGGCCUCGACAACGCUGCUCUUCUUCAGCCUGCGCUCGGUGGGUGGAUCUGCCAAGCCUGUGUGUGUCGUUCUUUUAAACCCUGGAUCGACCGUCUUUCGACAGUCCUUCACGCCAGCCAGACAAAACAUCUCCUUUCAAUCCAAUCUCACCCAACCCACAUUACGGAGCCUUCUUGAGAUCCCCAAGCACUAGGCCGAGCCGGACGAUGAUAGCUUACACCGGUUAUUGCGUAGUAGUACCGAACGAUCCUGCUUACACUUGUUGCGGAUCGAACUUCUAUGACCACCCAGACUAUGAACACCAUCUCCUCAACUCCUCUCGCCAUCAUUACUGCCAACCAUGUGGGAUCGAUUUCCGGUCCGCACGGGCUAAGCAAGCUCAUCUCGCCCAAUCCGACCAACACCAAUUCUGCCAAUUGUGUCAAUCUGACGUCGGCAGCAACCUUCGCGCUCACUGUCAACAGUCUCAUGUCCAAUGUCAGAAGUGCAACCUAUGGUCCCGUGACCAGGCCCAUCUUCGUCGUCAUCUGAUCUCUGCCCAUGCCGAUGUCUAUUGCGCCCCUUGUGGAUUGCUGUUCUCACAGCCCAAUAAUUUGAUCAUGCAUCACAGGUCUUCGGUCCAUCAGCCAAGGGAUGUCAGAUGUCCUCACCAAGCUUGCGGGCGAUCAUUUGUGAGCACGUCAGCCCUGAUUUCGCACUUCGAAGCAGGGAUCUGUCCAUCGGGAGUCAACCUGGAUGACGUGGAUGAAUUCUUCGGUAGCCAUUGUGACCACCAAGGACUAUUUGUGAGACGAGACUUGAUCUUCAGACGAUGUGAAUGGACGAUCGAGUCGGACUAUGAGGGCCGGUUUCCGUGCCCACUUUGUCCGCUACUCUUCGAUCAUCCCGCCCAACUUCGCCAACAUCUCGACUCCCCUAGACAUAAAAAUCGCGGCCAUAAACCUUACAUCUGUCCCUCUCAACUUUGUCGUCAGGCUACCUUCUUCUCCUUGAGUGCUCUCUUGUUGCAUCGUGAAGCCGGCCAUUGCGAAAUGGCUCAUAAAUUCGAAUUUCCUAAAUUACUCAAUCGGUUGUAUAAUAUCAUAGCUCAGCUCUGAUAUCACAUGCAUUCACAUCAUAAUUUGCCUUCACCUCCUCAAAGCCUAUCAACGGUUUCAUAAACCAUGUAGUCUUUAUCACGUCUGUUGGGAACCCCCAGGAAACGUGCCCUUAGAAAUCAUCUUCACUUUCAUCUUGCAUAGAUUCUUUUUUUUUUUUUUUUCUUCUUCCAAAUUUAAUGUCUACCUUUGAAAUUCAUUUGAAUCAUGAGAGUACCAU